AAUAACCUCUAUGUAGAUCCAGCAAAAGACUGAGGUGUUAAGGAAGCUUACAUACUGGAAGGCGACUCCACAAGUAAAAGAAAAUGAAAAAGAUGGGAAGUUCAUCAGAUCUUGAAGAAACCGAUCACAAUGAGGACACCAAUGCCUCAGCAGAUGAAUCUCACAGUGAUGACAACAAUUUAAACGUCCAUGACACCUAUCAACACCUCAAAAUAAAGCAUCCCAAGUACACAAUCUUCAGCUCGCCUAAAAGCAAAGGGCGUCGUUUCGGCAAAAUGGACACAGAGAGGGAAAUGGCUCCGAUGGACUCUGUAUAUGUGGUGGAAAGCAAGGUUGUUUCUCCGACUGUUAAAUUUCAUGUACAAUUUGAAAAAGGAAAACCGUGUAACCAGUUGACCAGACAGAGCUCAUCAGUGGAGUCUACAAACAGCUGUAGGGACAGGACCUUUAAGCUGUAUGACCGUACCAGGAUCUUUGAUGCCGUAGCGUAUGGAGACUGUGAGGAACUGGAUGAUCUGCUAGUUUAUUUGCUGCGGACUCAGAAACGCCUUACUAAUAAAGAGUUUAAAGAACCAGAAACUGGGAAGACCUGCCUACUAAAAGCAAUGCUGAAUUUAAGUCAUGGCAAGAAUAAGACUAUCCAAUUGCUACUGGACAUUGCGGUCAAGACAGACAAUCUGAAAGAAUUUAUUAACUCCGCAUAUGAAGACACUUACUACAGAGGUCAGACUGCUCUACAUAUUGCCAUUGAAAGAAGAAACAUGAAUCUAGUGGAAGUUUUGGUUCAACAUGGAGCAGAUGUCCAUGCAAGAGCAGAUGGGGAGUUCUUCAGGAAGGCCAAGGGGAGAGCAGGCUUCUAUUUCGGGGAAUUGCCUUUGUCCCUGGCAGCCUGCACCAAUCAAAUAGAAAUAGUCCAAUAUCUCUUGCAGAACCAGUUCUCUCCAGCCAAUAUUGCCUCCAGGGACUCCUUUGGGAACACAGUGCUUCAUGCCUUGGUUGACAUUGCGGACAAUACAGUAGAAAAUACAAAGUUUGUAACCAAAAUGUAUGGAGAUAUAUUGGUGUUGGGAGCACAGAUUAACCCAUCCUUGAGACUAGAAGACAUUACAAAUAAGAAAGGUCUAACCUCUCUGACGUUAGCAGCCAAAACAGGGAAAAUUGGGGUAUUUGCCUAUAUUCUUAGGAGAGAAAUAAAGAACCCAGAGUGUAGGCAUCUUUCUAGGAAGUUCACUGAAUGGGCAUAUGGGCCCGUCCAUUCUUCUCUAUAUGACCUUUCUGGUGUUGAUACGACAGAAGAUAACUCAGUGCUAGAGAUCAUCGCAUACAGCAGCGAGACACCGAAUCGCCAUGACAUGCUGCUAGUGGAGCCUCUCAACAAAUUAUUGCAAGACAAGUGGGAUCGUUUUGUCAAGCGGAUCUUCUACUUGAACUUCUUGACAUAUGUGAUAUAUAUCACCAUCUUUACCAUAGCUGCCUACUACAGACCAGUUGUGGGCAAUCCCCCAUUCCCUGUAGAUAGCAAACUUCGUGCCACCGGAGAGAUUAUCACUGUGAUCGGAGGAAUAUAUUUCUUAAUUCGAGGGAUCCAGUACUUCAUGCAGAGACACCUGUCCUUGAAGACGCUGCUUAUUGACAGCUACAGUGAAGUUUUGUUCUUUUGUCAGUCACUUUUCCUCUUGAUGUCCACUUUCUUGUACUUUCUUGGGAGACAUGAAUAUGUGGCGUUUAUGGUUAUCUGCUUAGCAAUGAGCUGGAUCAAUGUGCUGUACUUCACAAGAGGCUUCCAGCAAAUGGGAAUUUAUGCUGUAAUGAUUGAAAAGAUGAUUCUACGGGAUAUGCUUCGCUUCAUGUUUGUCUACAUUCUGUUCCUUAUUGGGUUUGCAGCAGCAUUGGUAACGCUUAUUGAAGAUGGGGACGGUCGGAGUGAGAAUAGCACUUGUUAUGCCAAACGCUGCUGUAAAUCUGAAUCAGCCUCGUACAAUAGUUUGUAUUACACAUCCCAAGAACUCUUCAAGUUUGCCAUUGGAAUGGGAGAUCUGGAGUUCACUGAGAACUACAAGUACAAGCCCAUAUUUAUACUUCUGCUCAUUACAUACGUCAUCCUCACCUACAUCCUGCUACUUAACAUGCUGAUAGCGCUGAUGGGGGAGACGGUGAGCAAGAUCGCUCAGGAGAGCAAAGGCAUCUGGAAGUUACAGAGAGCAAUUACUAUUCUUGAUAUAGAAAAAAGUUUCCUGAACUACUUCACAAGUAAGUACCGGUCUGGAAAAUCUGUCCUGGUGGGACUGACACCUGAUGGAAAGGAGGAUUACAGAUGUUGCUUCAGAGUUGAUGAGGUUAACUGGACCAAAUGGAACACAAAUUUAGGGAUAAUCAAUGAAGACCCUGGAAAUUCUGGGCUGAUGAAAAAUAAUCUCAGUAAUGCCUCAGUCCGAAUCGGCAGAGGUUCAAAAUGUCUUGAUAUGUCUGUUUUGCUUAGCUUUGUUGAUCCAGAGCUUCCAGCAUACAUACAACAUUUGAAAGAUACCUGCAGCCACCACUAG